GACAUUGCAGAGUUUGCUGUCGGGGGCAUGGAUGUUCCUCUGUUUAAAAGUGCAUAUGAGUCCCCUAAUGUGAACUUCCUCUUGGCUCACUCUGCCUACUGCCGGGAUGUCCUCAAACUGCAGAAGGGCCAGAGAGCUGUGAUCAGUAAUGGAAGAAUCAUUGGUCCAUUGGAAGAAGGGGAGGUCUUUAACCAGGAUGAUUUCCUGCUUCUGGAAAGCAUUAUCCUGAAGACAUCAGGGGAGCGUAUUAAGGGCAAAAUUCAACAGUUAGGCAUGGUAGAGGACAGAGCUAGUGAUCUGGUGAUGAAGGUGGACUCCCUGCUGUCCUCCCAACCCAAAGGUGAGGCAAGGAUCGAGCACACUUUUGCAGAAGACAGAUACAGCGCUGUAAAGAUCAGACCAAAGGAAGAGGACGUGUACUUCGAUGUUGUAGCUGUUGUGGAUCCAGUGACCAGAGAUGCUCAGAAACUGGCACCCUUCCUCCUGGUGUUGAAGCAGCUGGUCAACGUCAACCUGCGAGUGUUCAUGAACUGCCAGUCCAAGCUCUCUGACCUCCCACUGAAAAG